CCUAGAACUUUUGAUGAUGUUCUGCCGCUCCUGGUGCUGCUUGUGUGCUCGUUUGGUGCGGACCUGGUACCUCUUUUGUGAAGCGGCAGCUGAGGAGACUCCGGCGCUCACCAUGGCUGACGAAAAGCCCAAGGAAGGAGUCAAGACUGAGAACAACGAUCAUAUUAAUUUGAAGGUGGCGGGGCAGGAUGGUUCUGUGGUGCAGUUUAAGAUUAAGAGGCAUGCACCACUUAGUAAACUAAUGAAAGCCUAUUGUGAACGACAGGGUUUGUCAAUGAGGCAGAUCAGAUUCCGAUUUGACAGGCAGCCAAUCAAUGAAACAGACACACCUGCACAGUUGGAAAUGGAGGAUGAAGAUACAACUGAUGUGUUCCAGCAGCGGACAGGAGGGGUCUACUAAAAAGGGAACCUGCUGCUUUACUCCAGAACUCUGUGCCUCCAGACCAAGAAGACAUUCUCAAUUAGAAAACUGCAAUUGGGUUUCAACACAUCUGACUACUACAGUAUAGUUUUCUCUAUUCUUUCAUUUUCCCCUUCCCCAUUCCUUUAUUGUACAUAAAGUAACGGAUGUAUGUGCACAAGCAUUUGCAUUUUUUUUAACUAAAUGGCCAAUGGUAUGUUUUGAGCUACAUCAAAUGGAGAUGGGAUGGGGAAAAAAAAAUACUGGUUCUGUGAAAACACCCCCUUUCUCCAUUAGUGCCAUGCUCAUCCAGCUCUUAUCUUUAUAUUCCAGUAAGUUAUUUUGCUCUCACUGUUUAACAAAAAAAGAACAACAUAAAAAUUCUUGCAUACCUUGUUUGAUUGGAGAAUUUUAAUCUUUUUCAUUUAUCAUUGUAAAACCAAGGACAAUUUUAUAACUUUUUUGUACGUAGCUGUUACAUGUA